CAUUAAACAUGGAGAUUCUAAAGAAGGCUGGAGAAUGGUUCAAACUCAUCACUAUUGGCAAAGAAAUUACUCUCUGAGUUGUAGGCAUGGAAAAGUGGGUAAGACUUGAUUCUGUACAUCACUUCUAAAUAACCAACAAUUGACGAAAAAGGAAUCCACUGAGAAAGUAAGAGCCAAGAAAAAAGAAGAAAGUAAGGAGCAAGAAGAGGAAUACUUCCCAACAGUUGGACUAAGUGUCGAAGAAGGAUCCAUAAACAGUAGGAUAAGAGUUAAGUUAUAUGAUAUGGGCGGAGAAGAGUCUUACCGGGAAAGCUGGGAGAAAUUCUGAAGAGUGUCAGACGCUAUCCUAUUCGUUGUCGACUCCACUGAUUUAGCUAAUAUACACCAAGCUAAGGAUUUACUUUUUGAAUUGACCGGCUGGCCAAGCCUUGAAGGAGUCCCAAUUUGUAUUAUCGGGAGUAAAAGUGACAAAGAAGGAUGAUUUUCAGAUGAAGAACUGAUUGUUCAAAUGGAACUAGUCUCAAUAUGAGAUAGAGAAAUUGCUUGAUUUACAACAAAUUUCAACCAAAAUCAUGAAUUUGUCAAGAAGUGGAUUUGAGACUUGAAGAAAAGGAAAAUUUCAGAAGAGUACCAAGGCUUCGUGGAUGUGUAAAUUAUUGAUAUUCAGGUGUCCAUAUCAACUCAA